AUGACUACAUUACUUCGCAUCAUAAAAAGUAUACUAGUUCAAGUAAAAUAUAGAACUUUAAUUAUUCCAAUAUGUACUAGUACUGCUCUGUCUAAAAUUGAAAAUUUGGAUAAUUCUGCAUUUAGUAUAACUCAAUACGAAAUGACCAAUAUUAAUCUAUCUCUUAUGAAUUUUAAAGAUUCUAUGAGUCUAUUUGAUGGGUUUACCACAUAUUAUUAUGGCAAUAGUAACAUUUUGUCAGGAAAGAAUGAAAGAUUUUAUUAUUGUAUUGUGAAUUCUGUAAGAGGAAUUCCCGUUAUCAUUGAAAUUACAGUUAUAACACUUGCUUAUCUGGGAGAGAAAGAAGAAAUAAAGGGAGCAUUUCAAAGUUAUGAUGUAGCGAAAAAAUAUUGGGAAAAUAUAAAGGAUCGUGUUAAAGAAAAAUAUUCCAAAAAAUAUUGGUUGUUAAGCUUACAUAGUAAGGAUAAUAUCAUGAAGCUAUUGUAUUAUAUCCAUAUUCAAAAGCUUGUUACUAAGACAGACCAAUUAAAUGGUUGUACUAUUGAGAAAGUGGAAGUCAGUGGUCUCAUUUAUUUCAAGGACAUUGCAAAGGGUGAUGAAUUUAUUCCAAGAGCUCCGUUAAUUUUAUCACUAUAUUAG